CCGAGGCUUGAUAAUAUGGCGGAGGACGGCGACCAAAAUAUAGCAGUUGGACUGAAUCUUGCAGGAUUUCUUUUUGGGAAUAUUAACGAAAGAGGUGAACUCGAAGAUGGUGAUCUCUUAGACCAGGAGUCAUGCCGUCAGCUGGGCUUGAAGGAUUUGUAGGGUUUAAGGAAAUGUUGGAGUCGAUAAACAGUGAGGGACGUGAUGAACACAAUCAGACUACUUCUGAUAUGGGUGCUGCAGAGUACCAACUUUGUUCGACGACAGCUGAUUCAACAGCUGAUUUCCCAAUGCUAUUUCCAGCUGGCGAUGGUAACAAAGAAGAGUUAUAUAGAUAUGUAGCAAAGGUGUUUCCGGAAUUUGCUCCAAAUAAGGUGCUUCGAUUCUCUCGUCUUUUUGAUGCUGGCAAGUCUUUGCUACCUCGUGCACUUAAACGUCAAGAGACAAGAAAACGACAUUUGUCAGGGAGAAGUAACGAUGAAAUGGAUUGGGAAGAAGUUAAAGCAAAGAAACUGACUCCAGACAUGUAUGAGGCAGGAGAUGAGGAAGAGUUUCUUACUUCUUCAAGCAUUCAGGGUAUAACGCCAUAUUCGAGUGUCAACUCUAAACUUCAUUCAGCAAAUAGAGGAGAUGCAAUGACGGAGCUGGUGAAAGCGGCAGAAUGGCGUCAUGGUCCUGCUAAACUGGUAUAUGACAUGGCCGGAAUACCAGAAGAUGCAACAGAACUUGACUAUGGAUUUCAGUUAAAGAAAAGUGAAGGAAAUGACAAGCGAAAGGUUGAGUACCCCGUUGAAGACUGUUUUCUUAUGGUAUCACAAGUGCCAUGGGAGGAGGAUGUCAUUCUUGAUACUGAUCUGCUGAUGGCCAGUGGAGGUCUCAAAGUCUCAUCUGUGGUUGCUAACCAUCCCAUUAUUGGAGCUGCUAAACAACCUCAAAGUCACUUGCAGUUGCAGCGAACUUUGUCUGGUGUAACUACUCCCAGCUCUAAGUCCCCUAUGACUCCACUAAGUAGUCCAGCAAUUUCUAAACUGGCUGUUCCAACUGCUACUGCAGCACUGAUGUUGCAAGGGUCUACAUCAGGAAUAUUGCCAUCUGGUGUUCAGUCAGCAAAUUCCAGAGAUACAGAAAUAGAGCAAGCCUACUCUAUUUUUCCUGUUGAAAAUGAAGAGCUAGUGUAUAGCAAUUGGGAGGAGAAAGUUAUUUUAGAUGAUCAGAAUAUGACUUGUAUUCCAUCUCCUGUUGACUUGAAACUGGACCCAAAUGAUGAGAAUCUUUUGAUUGGCAUUCCAUAUGACCCUGAACCACAAGACCAGUCUGCGAGUCAACAAAUGCCAACCAAAAAGGAACGUAAGUCAAAGAUUUUGUUGGGAAAGGCAGGCAUCAUUAAAGUAGAGCAAAAUGAUUCUCCUGGUGGAAUUGAGCGAGGCAAAGACCCAUUUAAUAUUUCAUGUGACGAAUACUACAUGCCAAGACAUGACUCGUCAUCAGCUGUUGUAAAAAUUGGUUUGCACAAAAGUGCUAUUCAGCACUCAAUACCUGCUAUGGAAUUGUUCCGUGACUGGUUUCCUACACAUUUAACAACUUACCAGCUGAGACACUUUCAUCGUCUUCCAGUGAAAGCACAUCGAGUAUCUGGAAAUAUUUUACCUAUAUGCCCACUUUAUCAAAAUAUUAUUGACAAGGAAAUUGAGCGUGAGGCUGAGCGACAGGCGUCUGGUGGUGGAGAUGUGUUUUUUAUGAGAAAACCAGGUGAUUUGAGUGCUGCAGAUGGAGACCUAGUGUUGUGUGAGUAUUGUGAGGAACAUCCACCUCUGAUCAUGGCAACCGGAAUGUCAACAAAACUAGUUAACUACUACAAACGAAAACCCAAGAGCGACGCUGGAGCACCAAAACUUAGUUUUGGUGAGACCAGUUAUAUUCAGAAAUCACCUUUUUUGGGAAAUGUAGUGCCAGGAACUACACUACAGGCUUUGGAAAACAACUUGUUUCGUGCUCCAAUUUAUAAACAUGGAGUGCCACAGACUGAUUUUGUAGUGAUAAAGAUGGGAGAAAGCUUUUAUCUUCGCGCUGCCAAUGCUAUGUUUGCUGUUGGCCAAGAAUGUCCAAAAUUUGAAGUUCCUGGUCCAGAAUCAAAGAAGAAAGCAAUACACAUGAAAGAUUUUUUACAGGUCUUUAUAUAUCGACUAUUUCUUAAGAGCAAUGAUGAUCCUCGACGCUUGAGAAUGGAGGACAUUAGGAAGGCAUUUCCUCAUCUUGGUGAGAGCAGCAUUAGGAAGAGACUAAAAGGAUGUGCUGACUUUAAUCGAACUGGUAGUGACUCAGGAUGGUGGAGAUUAAAAGAUGGAUUCAGGUUGCCAUCGGAAGAGGAACUUCGUGCUAUGGUGUCACCAGAACAAUGUUGUGCUUUCUAUUCAAUGCAGAGUGCCAAGCAAAGAUUAACUGAUGCUGGUUAUGGUGGAACAUCUUUGUUUGCAGCUGAUGAUGACCAGGAAGAAGAUUCACAGAAAAUUGAUGAUGAAGUUCGUACCGCACCUUGGAAUACAACUCGUCACUUCAUUGCUGCAGCCCAGGGCAAAUGUCUUUUGGACAUUACUGGGAUUGCUGACCCAACAGGGUGUGGAGAAGGAUUUUCUUACAUUCGCAUUCCCAACAAGCCAAUUAUUGGCAAGGUGGAUGAUGUUCGUGAGAAGAAGAAGAACAAGACAGUAACUGGUACAGAUGCUGAUCUUCGAAAAUUGCUGCUGAAAGAUGCUCAGCAAGUUCUGAGAAAUUUUGGAGUAGCAGAGGAAGAGAUUAAGAAGCUGUCUCGGUGGGAAGUAGUAGAUGUGGUGAGAGCAAUGUCAACAGAAGCAGCAAAGCAAGGAGAAGGAGAGACAAGUCGGUUUGCGCGUGGGAAUCGCUUUUCCAUUGCUGAACAUCAAGAGAGAUACAAGGAUGAGUGUCAAAGAAUAUUUGAGCUUCAAAACAAGUUAUUGGCAUCUGAUGCAGCUUUAUCAACUGACGAAGGAAGCAGCAGCGAUGACGAUGAUGAUGAGUUUGAUCAAAUGGAGAAAAGUCUUGAAAAUCUCAUUUCAAGUGAAAAGACAGCAAAGCAGUUAAGUCACGAACAAGAAGAAGCGGAGAGAGAAGAAUUAAAGAAAAUGUUGGCUGAUGACAGCAUGCCAAAGUCGAAGUCUACUCUUGAUGCCAAUGGGAAAAUUGAUGAUGAUGAUGUCAAUUCUGUGACAAGCUUUGGCUCAGCUUGUGGAUCUCGCCGUCUGAUAAUUUAUCGUACUUUCUCAGAGGAUGGUCAUGAAUUUACACGUCGUGAAGUAGUGAAGAAAGCUGCUGUCAUUGAUGCAUACGUGAAGAUUGCAUCAACUAAAGACAAAAACUUUAAGGCACACUUUGCUAGCCAAGAUGACCAACAUCGUGAAGAGAUGAAAAGAGAGAAGCGACGGCUUCAAGAACAGCUUCGGAGAAUAAAACGAACACAAGAACGAGAGAAAACGAAACCUGCGAAACCCAAGAAAGAAAGAGUAAAACCUCAGCUGACUAUGAAAUGCAGUGCAUGUGGUCAAGUUGGCCACAUGAAAACGAAUAAGAACUGUCCUAAGUACAAAGCUCCUGCAUCAGUAGCUCCAUUAGCAGAGCAAGUUCCGGCUGUUGCUGUCACACCGGCUAUGACAGAAGAGCAGCAGGCUGCUGAGGAGUCUGAGCUUGUUCAUGAUGACUUUCAAGUGAAAGUGGAGGGAACGAAGAUUUCCUUUGGGAAAGCAUUUGUUGACAGGGCUGAAAGUGUGAGAAGACGUUCAUUGUUGUUGAAAUUUCCACGUGAUGCAGUUCGGCGACGACGGAGAGGUACUGGAAUGCACUGUGACUAUUUACAACGUCGUCACAAAGGAGCACAGAGACGUCGGGUGUCGCCUGAUGUUGCUCUCAGUGGAAUUUUGGAGAACAUUCUGAAUCAACUGAAAGCUCUUCCUGAGUCUUAUCCCUUCCAUAUGGCUGUUUCUGCCAAGCUUGUUCCUGACUACUAUAACAUAGUGCUACGUCCAAUGGAUUUGCAAAGGAUUCGCGAUAACAUUCGAGAGCGUAUUUAUCACAGCCGAGCUGAAUUUCAAGAACACGUUCAGCUUAUUGUUUCUAAUUCUGUUCUGUACAAUGGACUGAAUCACAGACUAACAGAAAUUGCACAGCAGAUGUUGAAUGUAUGUAAAAAGGAAUUUGAGGAGAACGAGGACAAGCUAAGUGAGUUGGAGCGGGAAAUAAAUCCAUUACUAGGAGAUGAUCCUCAGGUUGCUUUCUCUUUCUUGCUGGAGCAAGUGAUCAACAGAAUGAAAUCUGUACCAGAUUCAACACUAUUUCACCAACCCGUGAAUGCUAAGCAAGUUGCUGAUUAUUAUUCAAUAGUAAAAGAGGCUAUGGAUUUAGAUACUCUGAAAGGGCUGGUUCAAGAUCAUCUGUUUCGUACUCGAGAGGAGUUUAUAGAACAGGCCCAACUUAUUGAGACCAACUCUGCAUUGUAUAAUGGAGAAAACUCGGCAUUUACUGACGUCAGCAGGAAGGUUCUUACAACUUGCAGAGAAGCUCUUGCUGAGUAUGAUGAAGAUUUGACACGACUUGAAGAGGAGAUUUCACUAUUGCCAGAGGAAACAGAUAGUAACACCGGUGAUGUCCCCUCACGCAGUGACAGCAUUGAUCGCGAUGAUAAUUACCUUUCACAACCAGACUUACCAGGAGGUGACUUGUCGUCUAUUGGUAGUCAAGCUACUAGCCAUUCUUUGGAGAUUUCUGAGGCUGCAUUUGAUGCUGGUGAUCUUCCAAUGUUUGGUCAGCAUAAGAACUUUGGUGACAGUAUGAAUGUUGAGCAUGAGCAGCAACAACCGUUACUUCGGACAUCACAUAUUCUGAUGCAAGACUUGGAAGCAAGCGAUGAUGAGGAUGAUGACGAUGAUGACGAUUCACUUGGUUUUUCUGCUCAGCCCAAGGUCAUGUCUGAUGAUGAUGAUGAUGUGAAAGAUGAGGAUUUUGUUCCAGUUUAGGCACUAAUCUAGUUGCAGUGACGCUGGCAUGUGGUGUUUCCAUAGCUGUAUGUACUUUGGCUGCAUGGUAUUAGGUUGUUUAGUUUGUACAUAUACAUAAUUAACACUAGGAGAACAUGCAAGUACUAUAGACAGAAUUGUGCAUCAUGCAAUACAAACUGAAACGAUGGUUAUAACAAGCUUAUGGCUACCAUCCAUUUGAUAUAUUUAACUUUGUGAUCCAUGCAGUAGACUUCAAUUCUGUUGCACUCACUAUGUAAUUGUCGAGCGUAGUAAUAAUUAAUUUAA